GGGCAGGAUUAGCUCAUCUCGGUGGCGGCUCCUCGGCAGCCUCCCCGUGCUCCGGGCGCCCUCUCCUCGUCCCCGGCCGUGCGGCGCGGCGGCCAGUCCCCAGCCGGCUCCAUGGCUCUGUGCAAUGGAGACGCCAAGCUGGAGAAUGCUGGAGAUGUUCAGGAUGGCCAAUAUCACUAUGAGGGGGCAGUGGUAAUACUCGAUGCUGGAGCUCAGUAUGGAAAAGUCAUAGAUCGUCGAAUACGAGAAUUGUUUGUCCAAUCUGAGAUCUUUCCUUUGGAGACUCCAGCCUUUGCAAUCAAGGAGCAAGGAUUCCGGGCUAUAAUCAUAUCUGGAGGACCAAACUCCGUGUAUGCAGAAGAUGCACCUUGGUUUGACCCAGCAAUAUUUACAAUAGGCAAACCCGUUCUUGGAAUCUGCUAUGGCAUGCAGAUGAUGAAUAAGGUAUUUGGAGGUACAGUGCACAAAAAAGAUGUUAGAGAAGAUGGAGUUUUCAGCAUUACUCUGGAUAACACAUGCUCACUGUUCAGGGGCCUUCAGAAGGAAGAGUUUGUGCUCCUCACUCAUGGAGAUAGUGUAGAUAAAGUAGCUGAUGGGUUCAAAAUUGUUGCACAAUCUGGGAACAUUAUAGCAGGUAUAGCAAAUGAAUCUAAAAAACUGUAUGGAGUUCAAUUCCACCCUGAAGUUGGCCUUACGGAGAAUGGAAAAUUGAUACUGCAGAAUUUCCUCUAUGAUAUUGCUGGAUGCAGUGGUAACUUCACAGUAGAAAAUAGACAGCUUGCAUGUAUUCAAGAGAUCAAAGAGAAAGUGGGUUCAUCAAAAGUCCUGGUUUUACUCAGUGGAGGUGUGGACUCAACAGUGUGUACUGCUCUCCUGAACCAAGCUUUAAACCAAGACCAAAUCAUAGCUGUACACAUAGAUAAUGGAUUCAUGCGCAAGAGGGAAAGCCUAUCUGUGGAGGAGGCACUCAAAAAACUUGGAAUUCAAGUCAAAGUGGUAAAUGCAGCCCAUUCAUUCUACAAUGGUACAACAACUCUGCCAAUCUCUGAUGAAGACAGAACUCCCCGAAAAAGAAUUAGCAAGACUUUAAAUAUGACUACAAGUCCUGAGGAAAAAAGAAAAAUUAUUGGUGACACCUUUGUGAAGAUUGCCAAUGAGGUAAUUGGAGAAAUGAAUCUGAAACCUGAAGAGGUCUUUCUUGCUCAGGGAACCCUAAGGCCUGAUCUCAUUGAAAGUGCUUCCCUUGUUGCAAGUGGCAAAGCUGAAGUAAUCAAAACUCAUCACAAUGACACAGAGCUGAUCAGAAAGUUGAGAGAAGAGGGUAGAGUAAUAGAGCCACUGAAGGACUUCCACAAGGAUGAAGUAAGAGUGCUAGGGAGAGAACUUGGUCUCCCAGAAGAGCUGGUCUCAAGGCAUCCAUUCCCAGGUCCUGGCCUAGCAAUCAGAGUAAUAUGUGCUGAAGAACCUUAUGUUUGCAAAGACUUCCCUGAAACUAACAACAUUUUGAAAAUAGUAGCAGAUUUUUCUGCAAGUGUUAAAAAGCCACACACUCUGUUACAAAGGGUCAAAGCAUGCACAACUGAAGAGGACCAGGAGAAGCUGAUGCAGAUCACAAGCCUACAUUCACUGAAUGCCUUCUUGCUGCCAAUCAAAACUGUGGGAGUGCAGGGUGACUGUCGCUCAUAUAGCUAUGUAUGUGGGAUCUCCAGUAAAGAUGCCCCACACUGGGAGUCUCUUAUGUUCCUAUCCAGGCUCAUACCACGAAUGUGCCACAACAUUAACAGAGUUGUCUAUGUGUUCGGUCCACCAGUCAAAGAACCUCCUACAGAUGUUACACCCACUUUCCUGACGACCGGAGUCCUCAGCACUUUACGCCAAGCUGAUUUUGAGGCUCAUAAUAUUCUCAGGGAGUCUGGUUAUGCCGGAAAAAUCAGCCAGAUGCCAGUAAUUUUGACACCAUUGCAUUUUGACCGAGACCCCCUACAGAAACAACCUUCCUGCCAGAGAUCUGUGGUUAUUCGAACUUUUAUCACUAGUGACUUCAUGACAGGCAUUGCAGCAACUCCUGGCAGUGAGAUCCCAGAAGAGGUUGUGUUGAAGAUGGUGACAGAGAUUAAGAAGAUUCCUGGCAUUUCUCGGGUGAUGUAUGACUUGACAUCAAAGCCACCAGGGACUACUGAAUGGGAGUAACAAUUUGUUUUUUUUCUAUUGAAGUACUGUGUGCAGUUUAAAUUAUAUCAGAAACCAUUCCCAGUGUUGACAUGCAGUACUGUGAAAAGAGUGACUGGAGCUGCUACAUAACAUCUGAUUCCUCUCCUGGAGCAUAAAUCUGCAGUUAAGAGCUAUGUUGGGGAUAACUAUAAGUGGGGCUGAGGAUUUGUACGGGUAAAUAAUCAUGGCAGCAUUGCCUGUGCGCAGACAGAUUCAUAUUGCUUUUGCCUUUUGUCUUUACUGAUUCUUCCUGUUUUCAUGUGUUUUAUUGUUACUGUCAUUUCAAUGUCUCUGUUUUUGUACACUGUGUAAAAAGAGACAGUUUAUUUACUUUUACCAAAAUCAUUGUUACAGCCUAAAAAUGUAAAAUGAAUAAUUAAUAUGACCAACUGCUUUUGAACAGAUUUAUUAUAAAUAAAUAUUUUGCCAAAUGGAGUAGUGGG